AUGGCCCUUGUCCACGAUAUGGCAGAAGCUAUCGUUGGAGACAUUACCCCUGACGACGAUAUCUGCGAGCAAGAAAAGCGUGAGCUAGAGCUAGAGGCCAUGCAGACUUUUUGUCUCAGUCAUUUUCUUGGAGAACAGAGCCAUGCUGCCAAGGAAUUCCUAGAACUCUGGCAAGAAUACGAGGAAGAUUCAACCGUCGAGGCCAGACUGGUAAAACAAGUGGACAAAUUAGAAAUGGCGUUGCAGGCCUAUGUCUAUGAACGAGACCAAAGUGCCAACCUAGACGAUUUUUUCGCGUCUGCGAAAAGUAAGCUACAUAAUGAAAUUUUCAAAGAUUGGCUAGCAAGAGUGCUCAAGCUAAGAGAGGAGGUAACACGAAAAGGAGAAAAGUCGAAUCUGGAAUAG